UGCUUCCUCCUUUUCCCACAGCUCCGCGGCCUCCCGGGAUCAAGGCUGGGCCUGCGCCGCGCGUCCCCGUGCCGGCCAGGGCGGCGCUCCGCGGACCCCAGGCGCUUCCUCGAGCGUGCGGGCCACUCCGGCCCUGCGGAGAGCAAGGCGAGGGUUUUGGGGGCGCCGAGACGGAGGGUCUGGCGGCCGUAGGGACUACCCAAGCACGGGGCUCCGGCCCGGGAGCUGCUGGAACAUGCGCCCGGAGCUGCAGUUGCCAGACUAUGUUUACACUCCUGGUGCUACUCAGCCAACUGCGCAUAGUUACCUUCGCGUUUCCUCAUGGCACAAGAGGUCCAGAGGAGUCUAGGCAUGCAGGAGAAGAAGUCUUUACAUCAAAAGAAGAAGCAAACUUGUUCAUACGUAGACACCUCCUAUAUAAUCGAUUUGAUUUGGAGCUCUUCACUCCCAGUGACCUAGAAAGAGAAUGCAGAGAAGAACUUUGUAAUUAUGAGGAAGCCAGAGAAAUUUUUGUGGAUGAAGAUAAAACGAUGACAUUUUGGCAAGAAUAUUCAAUUAAAGGACCAACCACAAAAUCAGAUGAUAACAGAGAGAAAAUCGAUGUUAUGGGCCUUCUGACUGGACUAAUUGCUGCCGGAGUAUUUUUGGUUAUUUUUGGAUUACUUGGUUACUAUCUUUGUAUCACUAAGUGUAACAGGCAACGACAUCCAGGUUCUUCAGCCACCUACGCAAGAAGGGGCAGACACACUCCCUCCAUCAUUUUCAGAAGACCUGAGGAGGCUGUCUUGUCUCCAUUGCCACCUUCAGUGGAGGACACAGGAUUACCUUCUUAUGAACAGGCAAUGGCACUGACCAGAAAACACAAUGUUUCGCCGCCACCACCAUAUCCUGGGCCAGCAAAAGGGUUUAGGGUAUUUAAAAAAUCUAUGUCACUCCCAUCUCACUAAGCCCACCUUGUUGUCUUGGUGAUAUAGGACAUUCACAUUAUUUAAAUGGUUUGUUUUCCCUGAACCAAAAAGACAUGUCAAUUCAGCCCUUUAUGACAAACUGCAGAGAGUAAAGGAGGAAUAAGCACGUGUACUAUGCCACUGGAGAUCUGUCAGCAUCCUGGACCUGAACUUGAUCAUAAUCAGCUGGAUAAGGAACUUUGUAUCUUUGCAGUUAAGAAGAGAACACUUUUUUGUUCCUUUUAAUGGUUCAAAAAAUCUGUUACGGAUGUCACAGCUACAACUGGGGAACUAUCUGUAUCCUUUGUACAGAAAAAGUUUGUAGAUUUCUUGUAUUGAAUACUAAAAAGGUAAGAAUUUCUAAUUGUUAGAUUAUCCCAAGUCAUAAUAGUUGACCUACUCUUUUUUUAGGAUUUCUUUUGGUUGGAAAUACUUCACAGAAUUUUGCAUUUAAAUAUAAAUUGGUGGCCUUUAUAUAAUCACUUGUUUUUUUAUUUUAAAUUAUUGCAUAGCAUUCACCAUAUUUUGCACGUUUUUAUUGUGAACUCUUGCUAUCAGUCAUGUUUUAUUAUGGGGAGUGGGGUCAAUAGUUUUCUUUUAAAAAAAAACAAAACAAACACUUGCUAGAGAGUUAGUUCUUCAGAGGGAACAGGGUUGCAAUGUUACGGAUUUGUAAGGGUUGUUAUACCACCAAAUAAAGAUACAGGCCUCAAAUCUAGGAGUGACUAGAACUUGAUAAGUUGUACAUAUUAAUGAUGAGUAGACACACCCAUUUUCAUUGCUACAUUAUCUGUAUCUGACUAUAACUAUUAAUCUGGAAAAUUUGUUGAAUUUUAUAAAUAAUAGUUUGAGAACCUGGAAGAAGUAACUUACUUUUCUGCUAUCAAAAUAAUAUUGAUUAAAGUUACCAGCAACCCCCUGUAUCUCUUAAUGUCUAGACACAGAACACCACAGGUAAUCAUUUUGACCUAUAUUUUGUAUUUUCUUCUAAUUGUAUAUAUGACCAGUCUUCCCUUAAGAACAUAGUAGAGUAUAAGCUAUAAACUACUGGAAUGAAUGUUUGUGCACAAAUUUAUUUGAGUGGGUGUGUACGUAUAUGUGAAUUUGUUUCCUCUUUGCAGGAGCUCAAAAAAAAACAUACUCCUUGAGAAAUAGAAAAUUCUGUUCUUUAUGUUUUUUGCUAGGCAUUGCUUUUUUCCUA